CGUUGCGCCGUAACCGUUUCCCUUUCACCGACCGGCCUUAAGUCUCCGUUUGUUUAUUAUACACAUCAGGUCGGUCGCACCGCACCAAUAAUUUAAUCACUGCUUACGCAUACGUUGGUCCGACACGAAGCUGCGAAUGUGCAUUUGAUUGGCCGCCGACAUUACGGUUAGUCUACUCGUGUCGUGUGUUCAACGAUCACCGGUUCUUCGACAUAUCCGUCUUGGCAAAAUUAUACUUGGACGGCCCUCAACCGCAGAAGAGUAGUCUUCCAAAAGUUGACCAUCGCUUAUGGGAAGAUUGUUGAGCUUUUCUUCGCAACGGUAGAUGCACACUCGAGUUAUGCGCAUUUUAACAAUUGGAUUCAUUCAAUAAGUAUGCGCAUAAAGACCUUCAGUUACUAUUUAGGAUUUUCCAGACAAACGUUCUUAUUGCGUUAUGUAGGAGCGAUUUAAAUGAACAUCUACUCCAUACGCGUAUCCAUUGAAUAUAAAAUGCCUUUAUCAGAAGCUCGGAGAUGUUUAAUCAUCAAAUUUACUUUAUUUCUUAUGUUAGCUGCUUUAACAGCCGGACAGUCGUUGGACAGCAAUGUGGUUGUCGGCCCAAGUAAGGCCAAUGGAGGUGGCGCUGCCGAAUUUCGUAAACAUUUUUCACAAUGCAAAACCCGUACAAACGAGUUUGACGACUGUAUAAGGAAUGCAAUCAAUGGCGUCCGAAGUUAUUUCCCCACCGGCGUACCCGAACUGGGAAUCCCGCCGUUCGAUCCAUUUUUCGCUGCCGAAGUCAGGCAGAGCCAAAGAGCCGGUUUACUGGGCUACAGGUUGUCUAUAUUCAACGUUACCGAAAGCGGGUGGAGAUUGUCGGAAAUCAGAAAAGUCAAAACGAAUUUCAACACCAACUCGAUGAAACUGACACAUUAUUUCCCUGAAAAAUACCUCGAGGGCUACUACGAGGUGGAGAGCACCUUGUUACGACCCGGCGUCACAACUGUCGGCCAGUUCAACAUGACCUUAUAUGAUUAUAUACAAACGAUGACGAUUAGUAAACCAAAAAAUUCUGACAAGAUCAAAGUAGCCGUAGAACUGCUGGAAAUCGGAAAUAUGUCCCUGCACAUAAGCAACCUCUUGCGGGGUAGAGUUAUAAUGGAGAACGUUUUGGACAGAAUAAUAAAUGCUUCAUGGAGAGUUGGUUUGCCAGUUGUGAAACCAAUUAUUAAUGACCUAGUUGCCGUGGCCUUUACAAAAAUUUGGAACGAUGCAUUUAAUAACUUUGACUUUAGCCUGCUAUUGCCAUAAAACAAAUCAAAAUUAUUUUCAUAAAUAUAUUUAAUAUGAUAUGUGGUUUACUGGUAUAUCUUUUAGACUCUAUUUCCACAUUACAAAAAAAAAAUGUAUUUAUAUUUAUUAUGAUUAAAUAAUUUGAUCAAAUUAUACAUUUUUAAGUGAUAGUAAUAGUAUUUACAGAUCCCCAUUUAUAUUUUGUAAAUUUCCAAAGAUUUAUUUUAAUUUAGACAUUAUAUAAUUUUCAAUAACAAUUAUUUUAUGUUGCGAUAAGCUAACUAGGUCGAUAGUGACAUUUAUAAAUAUUGUAUAUAUACGCCACUGUCGUAAGUUCUCCCAAGUUAAACUUAUAAAAGUAUAGUUUAAAAAAUAUAGGGUUAAUUAUACCUUACCUUAGGUUUAAGCACAGCUGAUGUAAACGGCCAUUUAACGACUUGCCAUCGUAUAAAUAGGUUGUUGAUUUACACUUUUAUUAAAAAUGUAUUUGUCUCGUUUUUCAGUAACCCUUUCUGAAUUUUUUUUAAUAACGUUUCUAAAGUCGCUUCUUCGAUGUCGUAAAUAAGUUGUUAACAUUCGAAAUUAACAUUAGAAUUACUAUCAAGAUAUUCAAAAUGUUUAACACCAUAAAAUAAGCCAGUAAUUAACGUUCUUUUAUUGAAAACAGUUAAUAGUUUAUUUUCAGAAUAUGUAAUUUAUUUAUUAAGAGAUGUGGUAGGUAUUGUAAAUAUAGUUUAUAU